AUGGAGGAAUUCUGGACGUACGAAGAUUAUGAGUUUCUUGUAAAGGAGGAGAUCCUUGACCAUCCUGAUUACACAAAGCAACCAUACCCUCGGUAUUCUCCAAAGGGACUACGGCGCAUCAAUCUUGAGGACGCACAUCUGCGCACACGUCUCGAACAGCUAGUCCCCGAGCUUAUCACCCGAUACGAUUCUUUUGGAGGAAAGCUCCAAGACUUUGUCAUAGACGUUCUCAUUCCGACAAUGCGCAAGACUGCGAAGGAAUUGAAAGAGGAAGACAAGACACUGUACGCGGCGGGCAGAAGAGAAUUGGGCGUUGUAAUGGAUGAGGAUGAAGAAGAAAUUGAAGGGGAGAGUAGUGAAGUGGAAGAGGAAGGCACGGACGCCGAAGAAGAUUCGGACAACGAGUACUAA